AUGUCUUGGGCAGUUGCAGGACUUGUAGACGCCGGCAUGUUAGGGUUUUCGAAUGAAAUUCGAUGGGCGUCCUCUCGGAAACGUACAUCCGCCUACAUGGAGGCUGGCCCUAUCGCUAGGUUUGGGGUCAGGCAUCAUUUGUUAACGGGUACCUACACCUCCCGCGAAGAGGAUAGACGUUCGAUGACUGCUGCCCUCAGCAAGGAUCUGCUAUUGGGUUCUGUUGAUGCUUCCCUGGAGGAGAUUGAUACAAUGUCAAGAACCCCGUGCUUUCGAUCCGAACGGGAGGCAAGAAUUGGCCCUUUCGCUGUGCUUCAUAUUUCUGCCCCCUCCGGCAAAUCGCAAGACAUACAAGUCCCUUGUCUUACGGCAGAACCACCUACAGAUGAGAUUCCCAGCAUUCAGGUCUCCAAUGCGAGCGUUCCAACAGUUCUAGAUGUUUCCCCAGCUCCUGUAGAUUCCUUCCUGCAAUGGGACGACAUUCUCGACCUUGGUAGCGAGUUUCCGGCGCUUUCGGCCUACCAUGACUUAGAUUUUCAAUCUACAUUUGAUUGCACAACUUUGUUGCAUUUGAAUGGCCAUUUGACUGGCCAGACACCGAUAGCAUAUCCAACUUUUGACGACGAUGAAGGCUGUGACAUUUCUUCCGGAAACCCUGCGUAUCAACAGACCUUGACACAUCGAUCGUACAUAAAUGAUGAUAUAUUGAAGAAUGCCCCUGAAUUACUAAAGCAUUUCCAAAAAGGUGUUGUACCCCAGAUGACGGUUGUUCCUCUAAGCAAGAAGUCACCCUGGGAUAUUGUUAAUAUCCCAGCUGCGUUGCUUACACUGGGAGCAUUAACGAUAAUGAACUGCGAAACCGUUACUCAUGCGAGACAUGCGCAUUUAUACUCCCUCCUUGCAUGCUCUGCAAUCGACCUCGCGACAAAUCCUUCGAAGAACAAGUUGCGUUCUUCGCGAGAGUAUUGGGAAAAGCUUGCAGAGCGAUGUUAUGCGGAGGCAAAAAGUCACAUACGAAUAUCCUUGAGCGAGGAGACUGGAGGACCCAGAAAGGCCAAACUUAAAGACCAGUUGAUGGCUCUUUAUGGAAUGAUAAAAUUUACAGUAUUCUCCGGUCAACAUCGAGAUGCAAGGUGCUAUCUUGUCGACGCGGAGCGACUUCUGCGCGUACGGGGACUCCCAAAGCGCAAGAUUUCACGAAGAAUGCGUCUUCUGCUCAAUAUCUACACCUGGCUUCGGAUUUCAGGUGAAAGUACCUAUGUCCUCCAUGACUACACUCUAUCACCGUCAUCGCUAAGUACUUUCAAUCUACACUGCCAAUCGAAGAGGCCCACAGCAAGUGGAGAGCGGCCCAUACCAAGCUAUGCUCAGGGCGUUGAUCUAGAUGAUUUUCUACAUAUAGAAAGUCCCGACAACGACCUCAAUAUCGACGAACCAAAAUGCCGAAGAGCGGACAUCACAGAUAUCCACCUGCAGGACUCAAGAAAAUCGUCCGAGACUCUUAGUAAACAGGUUUACGGGAUACCAGAGAUUUGGCUUAGUUUGUUAUCACAAACUACCCGCCUCGCAAACAUCAUGGACACCCUGAGAAAUUCACAGAAUACAGAGAUCACGAUGAGUUGCAAUACAUAUCAAGCGUUACAGGACCGCGCCUCGCGCCUCGAGCGUGUGAUACAUGAUUAUACCGCGCGCGAAACAGAGUCAAAUCAUCGCAGCGAGCAAACAAUGCAUGACACGCUUAUCUUCCGAGCACUCAAUUCUGCCUUGAUUAUAUUUUUCCACAGACGUGUUCGACAGACAUAUCCAGCAGUCCUAGAAGGUGAAGUCGAGAAGGUUAUUACAUCUUUGCUUGCGUUUUAUAGAAGGCUGAAAGUGGGAGAUCCCCUGGGUCUAGGCACUCUCUGGCCCUUAUUUAUCGCGGGUUGCGAAGCCACAACCCACAAACAGCGUGAAUCUAUCCUAUACCUACUGGAAAGGGCAAAUCUCAUGAGCGGGCUUGCUCCCUAUAAGAUUGCAAGUGAUCUAGUAACAGAGGUGUGGAGAAGGCAGGAUGAACAGCUGACAGCUAGUCGGCAGGCGCCAUUGCCUAGUUGGAUUGACAUCUCAAAGGAACGAGCCAUAUGGCCAAUGUUCUGUUAA